CUUCCUGUCAAGGGCACCAUACAAGUUCACUUUUACUUUGGCUGCUCACAAGUACCAUUCACAUUCUGCAGGCCUUUUUCCAGUUUUGGGGAGGAGAAUUUCUUCUUUCGUUGCACUGAGAAACCGUCCGGUCACCAUGACUAGCAGCAACCCAGAGACGAGUAGAAAUGUCAACGAAAAGCUAUUUAAUAAUGGAGAUGAAGGCACGACCGCGAAGAACAGCACGGAGGUCCAAGCAGCCUGGACACCCGAGGAGGUCCAGCCGGUUGCAAAGGGCGAGGCGUGGGAGGAGAAGGUGGCUGUAGAAUCUCUGUGGACAACUAAGGCCAGUGGCUCAGUCAGACUCAGGAUAAAUGAAGCCUGCCGUGAGGAGACAACCACAGAGCCACUCACAGUGCACCAGAUGUUUAAGACCUCCGUCAAGAGAUAUGGACACCUGAAUGCCUUGGCCUAUAAAAAGAACAACCAAUGGGAGAAGAUUACCUUUCCUGAAUACUACCAUUGUUGCCGCAGAGCUGGCAAGAGUUUCCUGAAGCUGGAGUUGAAGCGCUUCCAUGGAGUUGGGAUACUAGGAUCCAACUCACCGGAGUGGUUCUUCUCUGCUAUUGGAGGGAUCAUGGCAGGAGGCAUACUGACAGGGAUCUAUUCCACUAACUGUCCUGAAGCCUGUCACUACGUGGCCAGUGACUCUAAAGCCAACAUCAUCAUGGUGGAAAACCAAAAGCAGUUGGAAAAGAUUUUACAGAUACGAAGUCGCCUGCCCGAUUUGAAAGCCAUAGUGCAAUAUAGUGGAUCUCCACAACAGAAGCUGCCAAACCUUUACUCAUGGGAGGAGUUUUUGGAGCUGGGUGUGGAUGUUUCUGAUUCUGAACUGGAUGAGAUGAUGGACAGUCAAAGAGCCAAUCAGUGCUGUACUCUGAUCUACACCUCUGGUACGACAGGUCGGCCUAAAGGAGUGAUGCUCAGCCACGACAAUAUCACAUGGACGGCGAUUCAUGCCAGCCGGGCCGGGGAUGUGUCGGCUGGGGAUGUGCAGCAGGAGACCCUAGUCAGUUAUCUUCCCCUCAGUCACAUCGCUGCCCAGAUGUUUGACAUCUGGACCGCCAUUCAGUGGGGAGAGAUGGUUUACUUCGCCCAGCCAGACGCUCUAAAGGGCAGUCUGGUGACCACUCUAACUGAGGUGAACCCCUCAAACCAUAUGGGAGUACCACGGGUCUGGGAGAAGAUCAUGGAGAAGGUGAAGGAGGAGAUCAGUCGUUGUGGAUAUGUGAAGAAGAAGCUGGUGACAUGGGCCAUGUCUGUUAGCCUCCAACACCAUCAACGACCAGGAGAGAAGCAGUUCCUGUUUGCUCUGGCUGACAGUUUGGUAUUGGAGAAGCUUCGUGCUCAGCUGGGAUUCUCCCACUGUCACAAGUUCUUCUCUGGAGCGGCUCCUAUUGGCAUGGAAACCAUAGAGUUCUUCUUGGGUCUAAAUAUCUGUCUGUAUGAAGUCUAUGGGAUGUCUGAGAGCACUGGACCACACUUUGUGUCAGGACCUAGAGCUUAUAAACUUCCCAGUUGUGGGAAGGUGAUCCCUGGCUGUCGAGCUAAGCUGUCCAACAUGGACUCAAGCAAUGUUGGAGAGGUGUGCUGCUGGGGACGGAACAUCUUCAUGGGCUUCCUCAACAUGGAAGACAAGACCCUUGAGGCUCUGGACGAGGAGGGUUGGCUCAGGUCAGGUGACCUGGGGAGGAUAGACCAAGAUGGCUUUCUGUACAUCACCGGACGAAUUAAAGAGUUGAUUAUAACAGCAGGAGGAGAAAACAUCCCUCCUGUUCCCAUAGAGGAAGCAGUGAAGAAGGAGCUGCCCUUAAUAAGCAAUGCCAUGCUAAUUGGAGACAAAAGGAAAUUCCUUUCCUUGCUGCUCACACUGAAGGUCACCGUUAACACAGAGACAACAGAACCAACACAGGAGCUCUCUCUGGAAGCUGUACAGUUCUGUCAGCACCUGGGCAGCCAAUCAACCAAGGUUUCGGACAUCAUUGAGGGGCAGGACCAGGAAGUGUACCUAGCUAUCCAGCAGGGCAUUGACAGGGUGAAUGCCCAGGCCACCUCCAAUGCACAGAUAAUCCAGAAGUGGACUAUCCUGCCAUGGGACUUCUCAAUAGCUGGAGGGGAGCUGGGUCCGACGUUGAAGCUGCAUCGGCCUGUUGUCCUGAACAUGUAUCACAAGGAAAUAGAGAAUUUCUACAAAUAAUGACGUGGAUAUAGAACUAUAGAUUUUAGGCUGAUGUUAUAGAGAACUGCAUGAAUAUAGGAUAAUGUCAGAGAAUGACAUGAAUAUAGGAUAAUGUCAGAGAAUGACAUUAAUCUAGAACUCCAGAUAGUUGGCUGAUGUCACAGAGAAUGACGUGAAUGGAGAACCCCAGAUAGUGGCUGAUUUCACAGAGAAUGACGUGAAUGGAGAACCCCAGAUAGUGGCUGAUGUCACUGAGAAUGACGUGAAUGGAGAACCCCAGAUAGUGGCUGAUUUCACAGAGAAUGACGUGAAUGGAGAACCCCAGAUAGUGGCUGAUGUCACAGAGAAUGACGUGAAUGGAGAACCCCAGAUAGUGGCUGAUUUCACAGAGAAUGACGUGAAUGGAGAACCCCAGAUAGUGGCUGAUGUCACAGAGAAUGACGUGAUUGGAGAACCCCAAAUAAUUGCUGAUGUCACAAUAAUAUGAAUGUAGAAACCAAGAUAGUGGCUAAUGUCACAGAGAAUGACAUAUGUAGCUAGAUAGUGGCUGAUGUCACAGAGAAUGACAUAUGUAGCUAGAUAGUGGCUAAUGUCACAGAGAAUGACAUAAAUGUAGAACCCUAGAUAGUGGCUAAUGUCACAGAGAAUGACAUAUGUAGCUAGAUAGUGGCUGAUGUCACAGAGAAUGACAUAUGUAGCUAGAUAGUGGCUAAUGUCAUAGAGAAUGACAUAAAUGUAGAACCCUGGAUAGUGGCUAAUGUCACAGAGAAUGACAUAAAUGUAGAACCCUAGAUAGUGGCUGAUGUCACAGAGAAUGACAUAAAUGUAGAACCCUAGAUAGUGGCUAAUGUCACAGAGAAUGACAUAAAUGUAGAACCCUAGAUAGUGGCUAAUGUCACAGAGAAUGACAUAAAUGUAGAACCCUAGAUAGUGGCUAAUGUCACAGAGAAUGACAUGAACUUCACAGUUAUCUUUUGUGCCCUCUGUUGCUACAUAACUAAAUGUAUAGAUUAAGCAUAUUACUGAAAUAAUGUAUAAAUAAAGCAUAUUACUGAAAUAAUGUAUAGAUAAAGCAUAUUAUUGAAAUAAAGUACAGAUAAAGCAUAUUACUGAAAUAAUGUACAGAUUAAGGCCAGGAAUCGCACCUGCGUGUUUCUGUGUAGUUUUGUCGUUAGAGCACGACAAUGGUAACAGCAGAUUAGUGGGUUUGAUUGAGGACCACCCUUGUGCACUGACAGCAGGAUGUGUGGGUUAUUCACAGUGACAACUACACGUAAAAACAGGUUGCAGAUAACAGUGAGUCACUAUGCUAACCAGUGUAAUUUACUACUAGUCAUUUUUGCUUGUUCAUGUUAAUAAUAGGGUACAUAUUGCCCCUUUAAAUUUAACAGAACGAUCAAAUGAAGACAGCACCUGUACCGAUGCUUGUUGUGUUCCCAGUGGAAACCGUAGUUGUUUAAGUUGUUCCAGUGUGAUUAAACAUGAUGUUCAUGUUGUGUAAUGCUGUUGUAAAAGCACCACUUCUAAUUCCUGUUCCUGUGCUUUUAGGGUGCAUUCAGCAAUGUUUAGUAAAUAAUAUCUGACUAUUGUUGUGAAUAUUUCUGUUCCACAGCCUGGACUUGUGGGUUGCAUGCACUGCAACUACAACAUAACAGUUAUCUAUCAGUACCGACGGCCUCUGGAACAUCACUAUGUUCUCUAUGU